CGCUGGUUAGCCGCUGUGAUGGAAGUAAACAGGGAUGAGGCGGAGCGCUGCUUUGACAUCGCGGCCGCGGCGUUUACAAACGGCCAGCUGGAGAAGGCCAGGAGGUUCCUGGACAAGGCCCAGAGACUCUUCCCCACCGAACAAGGCCAGGCACUUCUGGACUUGAUUGGGAAGAAUGGAUUUUCAUUCAGACCUGGCUGCCACUCGGAGUUCAACGGGAUGGCAAGGCCUCGACAGCGGCAGACCCCCAGUGAAGAUUUGAGAACUGAAGAAAAGUCCCCAGAUGUGACAAAAACAUACACUGCAGAUCAGCUGGAAGCUGUGAGAAGUAUAAAAGAAUGCAAAGACUUCUAUGAAAUUCUUGGAGUCGGGAAAGACGUGUGUGAAGAUGAACUCAAACGAUCCUACAAGAAACUUGCUCUAAAGUUCCAUCCGGAUAAGAAUCAUGCUCCGGGUGCAACAGAGGCAUUUAAAGCUAUCGGGAAUGCCUAUGCUGUUCUCAGUAACGCUAGCAGAAGAAGACAGUACGAUCAGCGUGGAGAUGAGAGGAAACACCCUUCAAGACACGGGCCAUAUGAGGGGAACUUUGAAGCGGACAUUUCUCCUGAAGACCUCUUCAACAUGUUCUUUGGAGGAGGUUCCCCACCAAGUAACGCUAAUGUGCACACCAAUGGGAGGAUGCGUUACCAAAGGCCAGAGAGAAGAGAGCGACAGAGGGAUGGAGGCCUGGCGAUCUUCGUGCAGGUCAUGCCCAUCCUCAUCCUGGUUAUUGUGUCAGCCCUCAGUCAGAUAAUGAUCAACAGGCCCAGCUACAGCCUCAGCUUCAGACCGUCAGCAGGUUACACUCAGAAACGGCUGACGGAGAACCUGCAGGUGCCAUAUUAUGUGGGGGCGCAGUUUUCCAAAGAUGUGACCGCAGACAAGCUGAAGACGUUAGAACGCAGCGUGGAGGAUGAUUACAUCUCCAACCUUCGCAACAACUGCUGGAAGGAGAAACAGCAGAAGGAGGGCACGCUGUACAGAGCGCGCUAUUUCGGAGACACAGAGCUGUACCAACGAGCGCAGAAGGCGCGCAUGCCCAGCUGUGCCAAACUGUCGGAGAUCACGGCUUCCUUUCAUGGAUGAGGCCAAUUCCACUUACUCCCGAGUACAUUUCAUGCCCUGCACAUUUACAACUUGACAUAUUUGUUUUCAUCUUUCAGAUUAUUGGCUGUAAAUAGACGAGUGGGCGCUCACUCAACAGGCGGUG